AUGGUUAUCUAUCUUUUUCUUGCAGUAAACUCAUCUAGAAAAACUGCUGUUCCCGUGACCUCGCUGAAACUUGGGGAUCAAGUUUUGAUCAGGUUACAGGGCGGUGCACGCCAUACCGGCUGUGUGAAAACGUAUAUAUACCUUUCAAAGCCCUCCAUCCAAACUCGCGCACUUCCUUCAUUUUUCUNGUGCAAGGGCUACACCGAGUUUCUUGGGAGCUUCAAUUAUACUGGCGCUAAAGAUGAGGUGUUUGAAAAGAGUCAUGCCAUAUUCAAUGUAUUGACUAGGGCGUUGGGUGCGGCACAAGCACAAGUUGGUGUUGUUGAACUUGGGGCUAAGUUGAGCAGGAAUUAUGCAGUGAUGGCUCAAAGGUAUAUUCGCCUUGUGUGGAGGAUUGCUGCCAUCUCGGGGGAGUAUAAGUUCAAUGCUAAGGCUAAGAUAAGCCAGAGUGAAAGAGCUGAGAUAGAUAGCCAUCUGAGUAGGUUGAAGAGUGCCAUAAGGGUUUACGUGAAGGUGAUCACUCAGUGCACCAAGAAGUUCCCUGUUGGGAACAACAUCGAUCUCCCCUCUAUGCCAGGCCUAUUCACCGGAAUGUCUAGGAAAAAAUCUGGCUCAUAUAUUGAUAUAUCUAUCGCAGCCGGCGCUCAGGGCCGAGCUGGAACUGGAUUUGAAUUCGGAGCUGACCGUCAUGCUAAAGGCAAAUCCUUCCUCACAGCGAAAGGCAAUUGAGCAACCCUCACGAGAAACACUUAGACUGAGCAAAAGGCACAAUGUUUUUAAACAACAGAUGAAGGAGCCAUGAGUUCAUCUCUUAUUUUUAUUUUUUAUUUUAUCAUUACGAAGGAGGGAAGCGCCAUGCGAUAUUAAUCUAUAUUUUGUUAUCCAUUAUAAAAAAACUCUAUACUGUAUUUGUAACUCAUUAAUAUAAAUAUCGCA